UCCCCCUCCUUAUCAACAAACCCCCGCACAUUUCUUCCAAACCCUAGCCGAAAAUUUUCUCAAAAAGCUCUCUGCAUCAGUCGCCAAAGAUGCAGAUCUUCGUGAAAACCCUAACGGGUAAGACCAUAACCCUAGAGGUAGAAUCCUCAGACACUAUCGACAAUGUGAAAACGAAGAUCCAAGACAAGGAAGGAAUCCCACCAGACCAGCAACGUCUCAUCUUCGCCGGAAAGCAGCUCGAGGAUGGUCGCACGCUCGCCGACUACAACAUCCAGAAGGAGUCGACUCUUCACCUGGUGCUCCGACUGAGGGGAGGGGCGAAGAAGAGGAAGAAGAAGACUUACACCAAGCCCAAGAAGAUCAAGCACAAGAAGAAGAAGGUGAAGCUUCCGGUUCUGCAGUUUUACAAGGUGGAUGAUAGCGGCAAAGUGCAGCGUCUGAGGAAGGAGUGUCCGAAUGCCGAGUGCGGUCCCGGUACUUUUAUGGCUAAUCAUUUUGAUAGGCAUUACUGUGGUAAGUGUGGUCUUACCUAUGUUUAUCAGAAGGCUGGCGGUGAUUGAUUUAAUCGUCGGUAUGCACUGAGGCCGAUAAACAAGCUUUUAUAAUUUUAUCAAGUUUUGGAGUUACUGUUAUGUGUUUGAUUUUGUUGGACCUAGUAUUAUAAUUUUAUGUUGGGACAAUAUGUUUUAAUUUUGGAUGGUAGUUAUCAAUUCUGAAGUUUAAUUUAUAAUUAGUUUUAUCUUA